AACUCUAAGAGAAAGCUGGAUGCAGAUGUCAGCCAGCUGCAGGGGGAGGUGGAGGAUGCCAUCCAAGAGGCUCGUAAUGCAGAGGAAAAAGCCAAAAAGGCCAUCACUGAUGCAGCAAUGAUGGCGGAGGAACUGAAGAAAGAACAGGACACAAGCAGUCGCCUGGAGAGGAUGAAGAAGAACCUGGAGGUAUCUGUGAAGGAUCUGCAACACCGCCUGGACGAAGCAGAGAACCUGGCUCUGAAGGGGGGCAAGAAGCAGCUUCAGAAACUGGAAGCACGGGUGCGUGAGCUGGAGGGGGAAGUGGAACUUGAACAGAAAAGAGCCGCUGAUGCCAUAAAAGGAGUCCGGAAAUACGAGAGGAGAGUCAAGGAGCUCACUUACCAGACUGAGGAGGACAAGAAGACUGUUUUGAGACUACAGGACCUCGUAGACAAGCUGCAGCUCAAAGUCAAGGCCUACAAACGACAAAAUGAAGAAGCGGAGGAGCAGGCCAAAGUUCCUCUUGCUAAGCUGAGGAAGGUGCAACAUGAGCUGGAGGAGGCGCAGGAGCGUGCAGACAUCGCUGAAUCCCAGGUUAACAAGAUGAGAGCUAAAAGCAGAGAGUUUGGAAAGGCUGCAGAAUCCGAGUAAAACAUCCAGCGAUGGCAGAACUUAUUAGCAUAAAUGGAAAUGAACAAACAUUUGUUAUUUUGCUGUGAAACUGUAGCAGAAUAAAGUGAUUUAAAGCAUAAAAAAAAAAAAAAAAAAGAGAUGUUUAACAUCUGCUAAGCAGCUUGUUAAGGCAGGCAGUAAGACCACAGGCCUCAGUUUUUAUUUGCUGUCAAAAAACACAUCCCACCUUUGCCAGCUGAGGAACUUGAACUCCUACAAGCUGGCAUGGGGAGACAAACAGUGUGUCUUCCAGAAGAUGGUGAGUGACCAUGCAGAGGUAAGUUUGUAUAGUCAGUAUUAAAAUCAGUCAUUUUCAGAUUUCUAGACUUCUGGAAGAAACCUUUCCAAAAAUGGAUACUUU